AUGAUACACGACCUAAAUAUCUUCUCUGACCCGAUAGUUUCCAACCCAGAAAGGUUCCUAGGAAUAGAGGGGCAUAUUCCAGAACUGGACCCGCGCUCCAUCGCCGUUGGAUUCGGAUGCCGUAUAUAUCCCGGUCACUUCUUAGCGGAUAAAACAGUCUACCUAAACGUAGCACAGACCCUCGCGGAUGGAAAUCCUAUCGUAAAGAGCCCGAGAUUUGAGCCGGGUGUUAUUAGCCAUCCAGCUCCAUUCCAAUGUUCAAUCACAGUUCGGGGCCCGUCUGAGGAGGCACUUAUCUUGUCUGUUGAACAAGAACACCCAUGA